CCCGACGUGUUUGUUGUUCCAGCCCAAACCCACCAAGGGCCGGAUGAGGAUCCACUGCCUGGAGAACGUGGACAAGGCCCUGCAGUUCCUCAAGGAGCAGCGGGUCCACCUGGAGAACAUGGGCUCGCACGACAUCGUCGACGGCAACCACCGCCUCACCCUGGGACUCAUCUGGACCAUCAUCCUCCGCUUCCAGAUCCAGGACAUCAGUGUGGAGACGGAGGACAACAAGGAGAAGAAGUCUGCUAAAGACGCUCUGCUGCUCUGGUGCCAGAUGAAGUCUGCAGGGUAUCCCAACGUCAACAUCCACAACUUCAGCACCAGCUGGAGAGACGGCAUGGCCUUCAACGCCCUCAUCCACAAACACAGGUAGGAACCCCCCC